CGGUAAACGAUAUUUGAUAUGGCAUUUGAAAUAUUUAUGGUUUAAUUACAUCUUCUUUAUCCUUUAAAUCUAUAGCUAUGGCAAUGAAUAAACUUCCUUGAUUCUUAGUUAAAGGGACGCUGGAGAUAAAUGUUCGGGACAUUAGGGGGCGCACCUGUCGAUCGCUAAAAGGCCGGUAUAUUCUGAGAUAUGACGAACUUCCAGUCUAUUGUUUGUGCCCUUCUCCUGUUUCUCAGCAGUAUUCAUGGAGUAGGUUCUGCUACUACGACGACUGUAAAUCCAACAACAAUUGAAACAACAGAGCCGACAGCAGAAGCAACUACAAACUUAGAUACUACAACAACAAACAUACCACAAACAACAGAGGUACAAACAACACAAGAGGUACAAACUACAACAGAGGUACAGACAACAACAACGGCGCAGACAUCAGAGCCAUCAACAACAACGGAGGUGCAGACAACAGUGGCACAAAUAACAACAUCCGGGGCACAAACUUCGACAAACGCACUACCAACAACAACAACGGAGGUGCAGACAACAGUGGCACAAAUUACAACAUCCGGGGCACAAACUACGACAAACGCACCAACAACAACAGAAUCAUCGACUACUGAAUCACCAACAACACUAAAGGAAACAACAACAACAUUAAUUACAACAGAGAGAAUGACAACUACCACAGCAAUUCCUUCAACAACUAUGAAUAACGCACAAACAACAGCAACGGUAAUCACAGACUCAUCAUCACCUACGACAGUUUCAUCAUACAUAACCAGCACAGCUGAGUCACCGACAACAACGACAUCUUCCCCACAAUCUGCUACAAGUGAAACAAACCAGACAACCUCUGUAUUACCUGACACGUCAACGACAACGCCUCCGACCACAUCAACGUCCAUGGCGGAGACCACGACGACAAAUACGAGAAUAACAAACACUGAAUCGACAACAAUGGGAGCAACGAACACUGAUUCACAGACCACGAUGUCAUCUGGACAACCUAAUGAUAACCAAACAACAACAACAAUCAGAGAUAUGACAACAGAAAGUUCCACUGACAAACCAACAACGAUGAUGUCCAGUAAUAACCAAACUGUCGAAUCUAGUUCCGAUACCACGCCAUCUACUAUUAUGUCGAGCACUGCAUCUUUGCCAGAUACAACGACAAAUUCAGUGGGUGUUCCCAAUGUGACUGUGAGUCCAACUGUGGUUGCUAUCCUGGGAUCAUCAGAUGACGCCUCCCGAGAAGAACCCCAUAUGGUGUGCGUAUUUCCAGACCCCGGUGGUAAUCUUUUCUUUCUUGUGAAAUGGCUCAUCAACAAUCAGCUGCUAACAACGACAACAUAUGGAGCUGUGACCCACCAGAACAUCAACACCACAGCGGCCCUCAGACCUAAGCACUGGACUGCAAGCUUCAGCAUGAACAUGAAUGUAAAGUGCUCAGUGCAUGCCCAGUAUCUUGUAGACAGUGGACAAGGUCCUCCCAAUGACAGCCCCAUCUUCUUCGCUGGAAUUACAAUACAGGAAUCAAACAUCCGGGUCAGUGAAGGUGACAAUACCCAGAUAACCCUCACAAGCUCUGUACCCGUUGGCUGUACAGCGUCACUAACCGCAGCUGAAAAAGAGGCUCAGUGUAAAGCUAAUUUGCAUAUCAUCACGAGUGAGUGGGACUGGUGCUGGAAUGGUGUCAAAUAUCUGGGCGUGGCGUUUCCUGACAACGGCUGUCACGUGUCUAUCCCAUAUAAAUACUGGGACCAACCCGUGAUACUAAAUGUGACUGGGUACGUUGACAGCGUGAAGAACUGGUGGGAUAGAUAUUCCAGAGUUAAAUUUAAAUCUACGGCGAAUCCAACCGACAGAUCAGAUGCGUGGAACAACGUCACAAUCGACCAUACUGUCACUGUGUCUGUUACUGAUGACAGCUCCUACACCUCAGGGGGAGGAAUGUGUGGGGGGUUUAACGACCCCCACAUGGUGACGUUUGACAGAAUAUACUGGGAAAACCAAAGAGUUGGAGAAUUUGUUAUGUACAAACACAAAACGAAACCUUUUGCGGUGCAUGCGCUGUACUCCACCUGUUACCCAUGGCGGGCGGCAUGUAACUGUGGGGUAGCCAUUCGCUCCGGGAAGAAUCUGUACGUGGUUCGGACAUGCAUUGAGGUCUCCUUUCAAAGAGUAAACCUCCUAAGUUACCCGUACGAGAGGUAUGACGGGUGUAGCCAGGAGGACGAAAUCACUGUACAAAAACUCGGCACCAAUUACAGGGUAACAUUACCCAGCGGUACAGAGGUGUCUUUCUCCUUUAAUUCGUGGUCCCACUGGAUAGACUAUGUACAGAUUGUGGCUUCUCCAUCCGACUUUCAAAACACGGAGGGUAUAUGUGGCUUUUACGAUAACAAUAAUAGCAACGACUUCGUACCAAAAGAUAGUAAUACUCACACAAAUGACGAAAGAACAUUCGCUCUAUCUUGGAGGGUUGACAUUGGUGCUUCCGAUAGUCUCUUCAAGAAAAACCCUGAUGUCAUUUAUGGAACUUCGACGGGCGGCAGCACACCACAAAGUCUAGAGAGGUACUGUACGUGUUCCUCGUAUUACCAAUUCUAUGAUCAGUAUUUUAAUGUCCCAUUCGAUCCCAACUAUGCAACGUGUAACCUUGAGGCUCCAACAGAACCAUGUUCGGACAAGGCCGGUCAAACAGUUAACGUCUGCUCCCUAAACAGACGCAGGCGCAGUACUGCCGAUUCCGAUGACGUCAUAGAUGAGAUAGAAUUUGGAUAUGAUCCGGAUUUUAGUCCUAGCAUCGAACUUAACGUCACUGAUUGGACAAAUGGUUGGAACGAAGAGAAUGCCACGAGAUUUUGCAAUGAAUCCUUUACACAUGAUUUGGCGGUGGUGACGUGUAUUGAAAAGGUCAACACAAGCGUGGCAAAGUACGUUAAUGGCUGUGUGGAGGACAUCAAGAUGAUUGGAAACUCAGAUUUUCUUCAAGCGACCUUGGACACAUUGAAGAAGGAGUGCGUAACAACAGCCUCUCGGGACUCACAGUUUAGCAACUCAACCACCGACGAUGGGGGGAGUAUCCUUGACCUUCUGAGGUCAUUAGUUUGUCCUAAUAACUGCUCAGGACAAGGAGUCUGCGUCAAUGAGACGUGCAGUUGUAGCUCGGGAUAUAUAGGAGAGGACUGUUCUGUAGAACUAUCAACACCGCCUGCAAACAUCACGAUUCCUAAACAGGGGGUCUGUGACACUAGUGUGCGCGCGUGUCAGAAGACCAACAUUGUGGGGACGUUCUACAGCGAGACUAUUAUUGCCAAAUGUAGUUAUUUCAAGGCCACACCUAGCGGUAGAGAGAAUUCGACCCAUGAAGUAUUUGCAGAAGUGCAGUACCGGCAUAUUAACCUCAUAACGGUGACCAUUCCAAGUCCCCCGACUGCACGCAGGCGCAAACGUUCUACCGCAGGUGACGUACAUGGAUGGGACAUUCAGUUGAGCUACGACAACACGACGUAUGGCGACCCUGUCGUCAUUCUGCUGUUUGACAGUACAGCCAAGUCAUGUGACACCACGACCUUCGUCUGUAUCAGCAAGGUCACAGCUGCUGAGCCCGAAUCUGAUAACAAUGCUGGAAUCAUCGCCGGAGCUGUCAUCGGAGGCAUCCUUGUCAUUGCUAUAAUCGUCGGUCUUAUCCUCUACAUCAAAAUGUAUAAAAGGGUCAAAGGGCGUGUGAGUGAUAGUGAAGCUGAUUUGAGGAACAAAGAUUCAGUACCAUUGACCAGUAAUUCAACAUAACGUUGUGCUAUGUAAUGUCACAAUCAGGAACAAGGUCAUUGCUUGCUCAUGCAGAGCCUUAAAAAUAAAAUUAAUUAUCAUAAUUAUAUUGAACAAUGAAUGAUUAAGAAGAGAUUCGUGUAAUUUUCCACUUAAUUAAGACCUAACUCCAGAUGUGUAUAUAAAGAAAUUUAGAUAUGUACUGUGUGAAAAAACGACGAGGAAUAUUUUUUUCUGAAAUCAUUUUUGAAUCUGUUUUUUCAUAUAAGAGUUGAUUUUACAUUGCUAGUUUUAUGUAGUUUUGGUAAAUUUUGCAAAACUUUUAUUUGUAUGGGAAUUUAAAAUUUUCAUCUUUUUAUCAUAUAAAACUAUUUUUGUAUCCAUACCCUCUGUGAUGUGAUGCUGUGAUAUUAAGUGUGACGACAUUUUCUAUUUACUACCAUUGAUAGUAUUGUACUUAUAUUUCUCGGUGUCACUGUGCCUAGAUCCGUCCUAGAGUUUGACUGUGAUAAUUGUCUUAACUAUGCAUGUUUAUGAUAUGUGAGUAUUUUACUAUAUUAAGUAUUUCUCUAUUCUUCACUUAUUUGUGGUUUUCACUCUACAUAAGAUAUGUCAUUUUCAAAGUGUUUUUUUAGUAAUCAAAAUAAAAUAGUGCAAAAAUGUAACCAAUUUCCUGAUUAAUUUGUCAAGAUACCUGAGUUCAUAUCGACAUAAUUGUCCUUUUUUCCUAAGAAUUAUUGUUUCUGAAAUCUGCGCUUUGAAAGAAUUGGCAUUUAUCUGCGUGUUUUGACUAACAUAAGAAAGAAUAAGUUAAAAUUGAUGUAAAAAUACAUACACUUCGAUGUGACGCCAUGUUUUUUGAACAGAUAGGACUUUCUACCUUGACAAUUUGUCUGUGGCAAUGGUAAUUAAAAUGGAGCUGAUUCUAC